AUGGCGGACAUCGGCAGCUACUCACCCCUCACAGGUUUUGUAUUCAUCUUUAACCUUAUUGUGGGCGCAGGUGCCCUCACCAUUCCACACGCUUUUGCCAAUGUCGGGCUCAUUUACGGAGCCAUCCUGCUGUCUGUCCUGGCAUUCGUCAGCUAUGUGACAGCCACCUUUAUGAUCGAGGUUAUUGCUGGUGUGAACGCGCUCAUUCGACAGGAUGAUGGCAAUGUGGACGAGAAACAACCGUUGGACGAGUUGAGUGAUAGCGACGACCACAUAGCGGACACGGAGUUUGUACCGCUAAUGGUCGCCAAUGAAAAACAAGAUGCGCUGAAGCGCCUACUGCGAACGAAAACGAAGAGCGACCAGAUGUUUCACUUUGACUUAUCCAAGAAGAUGGAACUUGCCGAGAUGGCAAAGUUAUUGUUCAAUCACCAAGGAGUCGUCGCGUUUUAUGCAUGCAUCACUGUGUAUCUGUAUGGUGACCUGGCUAUAUAUGCCGUCGCCGUUCCCAAAUCACUGCGAGAGAUUAUCUGCCCAAGGCCCACGGCAGAUGCUAUCGUCUGGCAGUGCUUUGAUAACUUAAACAGCUCAAAUUUGUACCGUCUUUUUGUUGUGCUAUUUGGUCUCCUUGUCGGGCCAUUCACGUUUGGCCACGUGUACAAGACGCGGAUACUGCAGCUUGUGUCAACACUCAUCCGCCAAGCUUCAUUUGGGCUAAUGAUCGUACUGGCCAUUAUUGGGAUCACACAUGGUCACGGUCGAAGUAUUGCUGACGUCGUGAGUUACGAAAAGCCGGCCAGCAUUGCCACCUUCUUUGGUGUCUGCAUCUACUCCUUCAUGUGCCACCACAGUAUACCAGGUCUUGUGGCACCUAUUACAGACAAAUCGAAAGUUGCUAUAAUACUUGCCUCAGCCUUUGUGGCGGUUUGUAGUGUUUAUUUCGUUCUGUGUGCGUCAGCAAUCUUCCGAUUUCGGCCAGAAGACGUCGAGGAUGUGUACACACUUAACUUCAAGGAUUAUUCCGUAAAAGCAUUUGGAUACUUUCUUGGUCUCUUUCCGGUGUUUACGCUAAGUGCAAGCUUCCCACUUAUCUGCAUCACGCUUCGCGAAAAUAUCCACCACCUUGCGUCAAGCUUGAACGAGUCGGUGCAACUAAGUGACGCAAUUACGCCUUUAAGUGGGUUGUAUGGAUUUUUAAAAAGUCAUACAUGCGCACUUGUGGCGCUUCUGCCACCGCUCGUGGUCGCGUUCUUCACUGAAGAUGUGUCGAUGUUAGUGGGUUUCACGGGUGCAUAUGCUGGCUUGGGCAUUCAAUGGAUAGUCCCUACAUUCCUCGUUUUCUGCUUGCGCCGUCGACUGGAGGCCGAAUGGAAGCAGAUGCAUCCAAUGGAGGCAGCUGUUACACAAGCAAUGUGUUUGGGGGUGGCAUCUGGUGAUUUGCAGCCAAUAAGCAAUUUUGGUUUAAAUUAA